CGUCAAUGUGUCUCGCAAGAGGCCAAGCUUACACGAAGAAGCCGGAGAGCCGAUUGACGCGACGCGACAUAGCACGACGAAUCUUACUUGUUCUCCAAUUCCCUCGUCGCUUAAAGUUUUCGUAAUUGCUGGACAGAUUCAAGGUGAAAGGAUCUAAUUGUGGGAUUUACCAGAGAUAGAGAAAGAUGAAUAAUGAAUCGGUGAAGGUGAGUAAAGAGGAGGAGGAAUAUGUGCUGAUGGAUCUCGACGAUGUUUCGAGGCACAUUGACAUCCCACCAGACGCUCCUUAUACUCUAUCAGGUUUGGAUACUUUGAAUCCCAUAUUGACCAUUGAUGGGAAAAUCAAGCUGGUUGGAGAAUACUUGGAGACAAUUGGUACAUGUCUUGCUUUCUCUGAUAAGGAAGUUGCAGCAGCUGAAUAUCAGACACCACGCAAGACUGUCGAGCCUGUUGCCAAGAUCCACAAGAUUCUUAAGUUUAGGCUAGCAUUAGAUAAUGACGAUGGAGAAACAAGACCAACCACCUUGUAAACAAGGUCUUUCUAGUUUAAAUAGCGUUAUGUUAAGUGAAAGAGAGUGUUUUAAGUUUUCUGUUGACUUAUUGAAUCAUAAUUAACAAAACAAUAGUGACAUA